UUUGUGGCGCUGCAGCUCGUUUCCUAGGGCGCAGAAAGCACGAUAACGUGACACUUAUUCCCGAGAAGCGUAUGUGGGCUACCUGAAAACGAAGACGAACUUCGCAUCGAGUUAUCCUCAGUAGGAAGACCCUCGCCAACUUGCCGCAGAGCGUGAUCAACCUUUGUCGACAUCCACUUCCCGAUUACGACAGAACUUUUCGCAAGCGGAACACCAAUGGCCGAGGUGCGUGCAACUGCGUUACGCGACGCUGGAGCACCGGUCCACAAGAAAGCAUGCCCCGCGGAGGAACCAACGUCCUUUCUAAAGGAAAUCGACGGACGUCGCCAGCUCGGCACCAAGGUCACAAGAGAAGACUCCAAGAAGAAGAAACAAAGUGCGUCUGUUAAGCCACGCCAAGUACACCAUCCAGUGGCGCGAAGGCCAGCCGGAACCAACCUCGGCCAUCCUUCGAGAGUGGUCGUGGACAGACCGCUCAGCGGCGGCUCGGCAAGAAGGCGGCCCGGUGACCAAGGCUUCUCGGCGUUCUUGGAACAAUGCAAGCGCCUGCUCGUGACGGCGUCGUACCGAGGUUCGGUGAGGAACCCUCUGGACGCGCUGGGCGUCGUCUUCCUGUCGUUCCUGGCCGCCAGGUUCCCGUUGGAGCGGUAUUUCCUCCGGCGCCAGAAGUCGUCCCGCGCGGGGGUCGGCAGCGCUGCGACUGGCGCUCGGAAACCCAGGGCCAUCGAAGGCCACUCGCCCAUGUCCGACGCCGUCCUCUUGAGCGUCGACAAGGAGACCCGCAAGGCGCGCUGCACCACGGUCCAGAUAGGGCAAGGACGCCAAGCGGCCGCGACGAAGGUCGGUGAGCACGGCGCCAAGGCCUCCGACCGCGGCGGCGUCAACAAGCACCGCCAACAGCCCGAACACAAGGGAAAGUCUGUCGAAGAGUUCGUGCCGGUUCUGACGCUGCCCCAAGCUGCGGACGUGUUCCAGCAUAUGGCAGGCUUCCUGGGACCCGCCAUCUUGCAGCAGGCCGGAAAGGGAACCAGUUGCGUCCCGGGGUCGGCGGACCGCCAACAGCGAUGCCCCCGGUUCGGCCGCGGCUUCCUGGCCAUUCGACACAGCAAGUCCGUGUUCCAGACGGAAGAGUGGAAGCCACGCGGCCGCAGCUUGUACAGGCCGCUGACGAACGACAUGAUGAUCAACGCGCUCAGCGUGGACCAAUUAAGCUUCGAGAGCGGCCAGUUCUUCUUGGCCGACGGGACGGGCAACUAUGCCGGAGCUAAGAGCGGCCACGCCAUCCACUUCUGGAGGUACAACAACGUUGAGAAAAGGCUCUUCGUGUCCCAGUCUGUUUUCUUUUUAAACGAGGAAGACUACACCGGAGUCCUAGAACAACUAGAGUACAUCUAAGCCCGGCGCACGUCGCUUGCUCGAAGUCGUCACCGCAGGCACUUCAAAUGGUGUUUACACAUGUGGCCACUGUUUAGCGAAAGGACAAGUAGCGUUCUUGGUAGCGUGCUUCCUUUGCGGUGUUUCUUUUGCAAUAUCUUGAGCGUCAUGCGUCCUCAUCCGCCGCUAUUUACUGCUUUGGGCAGAUGAGAACCAAAGUGCACUUCUGCCGAUGGUCUAGGCGCGGCUGAAUUCUCGUCAGAAGUGCAUAUUAGCAAAGAAAUCUUGAAAGCUCGAAAUGGAAGGAAGGGAUGGUUUCGCACAUGGCUUCUUUUGUUCAUUAUUUUCGUGCUAUGUAACUGCCUACAUAAAUUAAAUGUUAAUAAAAUGAGCACUUGCCCAAUA